AUGUCCGUUCACCACGCACGAACGCCCAGUGCUUCCGGUUCAGUAAUCCACGGCCAACAAUUCAACCACUACCCCACACCGAACCACCAUGCGGCCCCGGCGUCAGCACCAGCCGCACAGCAGCAGAACGCUAUGGACCUCAGGCAGAGGCCCGUACCACAUGUUCCACCACCCGCCGCACAUAAGCCGAGCGAUGCAGACUUCUUCGUUGGCGAUGGGACGCGCAAGAAGGUCAACCAUGAAUACCUCAAGAAACAUUUCUUCCACGAGGGACGCUUGACGGAGAGGCAGGCGCUGCACAUUCUGGAUGAGGCGACGAACAUCCUAGCGAGGGAGGAGAACAUGGUGCCCGUAAAGAGUCCUGUCACCAUAUGUGGAGAUAUCCAUGGUCAAUAUUAUGACCUCAUGAAGAUGUUCGAUGUGGGCGGUUCCUUACAAGAUAGCACGUAUCUCUUUCUAGGAGACUAUGUAGACCGAGGAGAUUUUGGUAUCGAGUGCCUCCUCUAUCUCUACGCCCUCAAAAUCGCCAACCCCACCCGAAUGUACCUCCUACGAGGGAACCACGAAUGCCGUCACCUCACUGAAUACUUCACGUUCAAGAAAGAGUGCCUGCACAAGUACUCUGAGAACGUGUAUGAAGCAUGUCUACGCUCAUUCUGUGCACUCCCAGUAGCUGCGCUGGUGGAUGGAAAGUUCUUCUGCGUGCAUGGAGGUAUCUCGCCACAACUUGUGCACCUCAGCGACUUGGCCAGCAUUAACAGACACCAAGAGCCCGGCUCGCACGGACUGCUUUGUGAUCUGCUAUGGGCUGACCCUAUAUCGAAUUUCGGGCAAGAAAACGAACCCACCGCCAACGGGCCUGGUUUGGAGCGUGGGACAACCUUUACUCACAACGCAACGCGAGGAUGUUCCUACUUUUACACCUAUGAUGCCGUAUGUCAGUUCCUCGACCGGAAUGGCCUCCUCACCGUCAUUCGCGGCCACGAAGCACAAGACGCUGGCUACACGAUGUACCGCAAGACACCGAAACGCAACUUCCCCUCCGUCAUCACCAUAUUUUCCGCACCAAAUUACUUGGACGUGUACCACAACCGAGGAGCCAUCCUCAAGUAUGCGAACAAGAACAUCACCAUACGGCAGUACAAUUCGACAUCCCACCCAUAUUGGCUACCGAACUUCAUGGAUGCCUUUACCUGGAGCUUACCUUUCGUUGGGUUGAAGAUUACGGAGAUGCUGCUUGCUAUUCUGAGCAUAUGUAGCCAGGAAGAGCUUGAGUCAGACUCGGAGGAGGAAGGGGCAGCGGCUGCUCCGGAAGACCUGGCUGCACGGAGGCAGCUUAUCAAGAAGAAGAUUUUGGCUGUUGGGAGGAUGCAGAAAGUUUUUCAGCUGCUCAGAGAAGAGGCAGAGAACACAACAGAGCUGGAGACCGAAGGUAUUGCUGGUGCCUCGACCGCUGUCAACCGUGGCGGUGCGGACGCCCUUACUGUGCAAGGAACGCGGAUUAAUAGAAGCAUUCGGACGUUCGACGAUGCUCGGCGUUCUGAUAUCGCGAACGAACGUCUGCCCGAAUUCGACCACCAACGCUCCGCGAUCUUCCCCGUACCCAGCAUGCGCCUCACGAGCCGGCGCUCGUCGGACGGCAUGGACAUGGAGGACCUCAUCAAACGCACCAUGGAGGAGGAGAACGAGGAGGGCGGGGUGGUCGAACGCCUCGCGGAAAGAAUUGCAAGGGGGAGGAGUAUUACUGGGAAACCUGCUCCGUUGAAGAGGUUCGAUACGACUUGA